CCGGGUAAGCUGAGCCCGCGGCACCCGCGGCUGGGCCGCCGGGAUCCUGAGGUGGCACCCAGGUGCCCCGACCUGCCCGCCCGCCGCCCCCACGUCAGCCGGUCCCGGAGCGCAGGGCCUCUUCACUUAGCUCUACGCAUGUGGGCGAACGGUCUUCAAGGCCCAGAACUUGCCUCGGCUCGCCCAGGUGGUGGCGGCCCUGCCAGGGCUUGACCCGGGCUGCCUGGCGCUCCUGGAACCAUCAGAUCCUGGCGAGUCCUCGUCAUGCACACGUCACGAAUUACUUCGUGGUGUUCUGUUUCGAUGGUCCUUAGGGCGCUCGGCGCCGGGGCACACGAGUGAUGGAUGAGCGCCCCGGAGGGCCAACUCGGGGACACUUGCAAGUGCGCCUUGGGCACGCCGGGCCUCCGUCUCUCAGAAGAUGAGGGCGGGGGCCACGCGUGGUCAGAACAUCUCGGUGGCAGAUUGCUCCCGGAACUGAGUCGCGCAGCAAACCCCGCGGCUGUCAGUGAGGCGUCUUCUCCCAGAGAGCAACAGCUGUCAGUACGGCACCGUCAGGCUUUUCUUUCCAAUGAAGACGCACCACCGACCACACAGCUGUCUGUGAACGGCCCCGCGGGUACAAGGCCAGGCGAUACAUGGCAGGGGUAAGACGUCAAGCCAGGAUUCAUUCCUCACAGACCCAGCAUGUGAGCCUCCAGGUGACUAUCAAGUGAAACAGAGAAAAUACCCAUAUAGGUAAGUAAAAACGUCUCCAAAAUGAUUCACUUGCUUUCAAAAACCAGGGAAAAUCUGCAUUAUUUAGAAGCAAAGUAUUAUGAUUCAGGUCUUUGUUUGGAACUUAGACAAACCAUAAUCGGAGUCAGGCUGUGCUGUGUAAAGGUGCCUGGCAUCUAGAGCCUGUAACAGUGACGUGAAGAUACUCGUUAGCUGAGUUGUGUGGAAAAUUAUUACAGUCAUACAAAUAAUUUCAGACCUACUAUUAAGAAAAUAUAAAUCUGGGGCGCCUGGGUGGCUCAGUUGGUUCAGCAUCUGACUUUGGCUCCGGUCAUGGUCUCAUGGUUCGUGAGCUCGAGCCCCGCGUCGGGCUCUGUGCUGACAGCUCGGAGCCUGGAGCCUGCUUCGGAUUCUGCGUCUCCCUCUCUCUCUGCUUCUCCCCCACUCACACUCUGUCUCUCUCUUUCAAAAAUAAACGUUAAGAAAAUAAAUAAAUAAGAAUUAAAAAAAUUGAUAAAAAAUUUAAAAUAUAUAUAUAUAAAUCUGCUAAAGAAGCAGUAGAUAUAUCUAUAUGUUUUGAUAUAAACAAAUGUAUACAUCAAAGGGAACAUGUAGAUUGAAUUUUGAAACCCAUGAUAUUUUGCCCCAGGUGUGACUCCCAUGAAUGCUGUGUUACGUGGCAAAUAAGAUUUUUGUAUAUGUCAGUAAAUUACUAAUCAGUUGAUCUUCAAAUAAGAUUUGCCUGGAUUAUCUGGGUGGACUUAUUCUAAUCUCAGGAGCCCUCAAAAGCAGAGUAGUUUCUUUGGCUGGUUGAUCAAAAAGGAAGUAAGAGAGAUUCAGAGCAUGAGAGAAGCCCUCGACCCACUGUUGUGGCUUCAAAGUCAAGGAGGACACAUGGAAACCCUGAGCAGGACACGAAUUCUGAAAAUAAAAACAAAACCGUGAUUGCGGAAGAUAGCCCAGGGCCCCAGAUGAAAACUGUAGCCCCUGCCAAUACCUUGAGUUUGUCCCUGUGAAUUUUUAUUCAGAACGUCCAGCAGAGCCCUCGAACUUCUGAUCAGGAGUUCAAGUGCUCAGAGACCACAAGGUAAUAAAAUCAUGUGUUUUCAACCACAGAAUUUGUGGUCAUUUCUCUUUUAGAGCAGUGACCGAAAACAAAUACAGGGAUAGACCCGCGACAAGAGGAAAGAACUGAGACAGAAGAAUGAUAUGAGGUGGGACCAACGUGGAUAAGGAAACUGCUUCACUUUCUGUGGCAAAAUACAUUAGGUUAGGGUAUAAUUUACACAGGACGCCUCAUCGCAAAAUCACUCCUGUGUGAACCAGGCCAGCCACAGCAACUACAGAGAGCCAAUAAUCUCUACCAUACCUGGCAUUAAAAACAGUUUUGCGGGGCGCCUGGGUGGCUCAGUCGGUUAAGCGUCCGACUUCGGCUCAGGUCACGAUCUCGCGGUCCGUGAGUUCGAGCCCCACGUCGGGCUCUGGGCUGAUGGCUCAGAGUCUGGAGCCUGCUUCCGAUUCUGUGUCUCCCUCUCUCUCUGCCCCUCCCCCGUUCAUGCUCUGUCUCUCUCUGUCUCAAAAAUAAAUAAAACGUUAAAAAAGAAAAAAAAAUUUACAAAAAAAAAAAAACAACGGUUUUGCUUUCAGCUCCUAUUUUUUUUGGCUAGUGUAUGGGUUUGCUGCAAACUUCUGCACCUGUCACGGAACACUGGGACUUCUGUCCCCAGGAAAGGCACUUCCAGUACAUGGGACUUUCAGUGCUGAGAUCAAGACAGUCUGGUCGAACGAGGGUGUUUGGUUAAUGCAUCUACACAAGGGGAGCGCGUGUCCAAAUCUGCUCUGUUAAGGCAAAGUCUCUUUUUAAAUUUUAGGCCAGUUAUUUGCUCUGCAUCGGUAGCUCUCUGAUGGGUUUGAAAAUAUGGAGUCACAAAUUUGAUGUUCACCAAGCUUUUUUGUUGUAGAAAUGUUCUCUUCCAUCCUGGAGCUGAAGCCCAAAUCUGCAUCUUUUGUUGUCUGAGAGCUAUAUUCUCCCACAGAUGUGUGAUCAAAUUUCUCUUUUAUACAAUAAAAGGACAUAAUUUUUCUGUGGGUAGAGGAAAAGUA